GCAGCGCUUACCCAUUUAGUACACACAAUACCGAUUGAUACCCGUUGCAUCACACUCGCGCUUAGUCUGACUCCGAACAAACACACAGCCCGUGGGGAGGACGGCAAUUUGUUAGAAUCUUGUGGCGGUUCGAGUCGUCGUAUUCUUGGUUGUGGUGGUUGGGUUAGUUGGUUGGUGAUGAUCGCCCGCUGUGAUGACGGUUGGUUAGAUCGCUGCUGUUUAGCCAAGCAGUGUCAGCACGGGUUCGAGACUUAGUAGGUUAGAACGCGUCGAGGGCAACAGCAACUAAGCGUAUGCGGCCAGUCAGGGUUGCAGCGAGUACUAAACACCUCCCGGCGACCACCCUCCACCCACAAACCGUGACAGGGUUGUAUCCUGUUGUUUAUAUAAGUUGGAUGAUGUUUUCUUCUUCAUUCCGUUCUGCUGUCUGUUGAUCUGCCUGUUGCCUUCUGCUGCUGCUGUUGCUGCUGCUGGUGGUGCGGCUCAUAUGGUGAUGUGUUCCCUCGGAUGAAAAUGUGCGCGCGGCUUCUCUUCUCUAAGCAGUAAGGGCUUAAUACUAGAUGCUUCGGACGAAACGGGGCAUUUUGUGUUAGAACGCUGACUAAUGUGAACGUGCUGACUGUCGCUAAUAAGUGUGAUACUGGAUACUGAGUGUUAAUGCCAAAUGCUGGUGGCCUCAAAAUAUUGUCUGAAGGGAGUCCCGCGCGUGUCCUACUUCGUCGCAGAUUGUGUUCUUGGAGCUUAGAAGAGCGACGUGACUCGACGUUGUCAUUGAUGGUGGAAGAGUUCUAAGUGCAGCAUCCAUUCCAUUUUCCCCCUAGUGAUUGAAUUAGCCUCCAAAGAAGAAUUAGUUCGUGUAUAUAGUUGAUUCGUUGCUGUUGCUGCGGCUAGUUUAUUGGAACCAUAUUCAAUUUAGUGAUGUGAAGAAGAUUCUUGGUGAUGUUCAGUGAAGCGCGGCGCAGCAAUUUGCGGUGAUCGAUGAAAAGGGCGUGACUAUCACGCGCGCACACAUGUGAGACGGUUUGAGCAGAAAAUUUUGACCAUUGCAGCACUUAAACCGAAAUAAGGUUCAUUACCAUUUGAGUAUUAUCCGUUCUCGUGGUGCACAAAGGAGCUUCUUUCAGAGUGGUGAUCCGCUCCAAAAAAAGGAAACGAAAUCAACGCAAGAAGAUCGCUUUCAUUCAGUAGAGUGAAGAGAAAAAGUGAAAGACGAGGCACAAUUAUUCCAAUUCUCGAAAAAAGGACGGCACCACUCAACAUCUGGCCCCUCGGCUCGUCGGUUGUCGUCUUCAGUGGCCUCCUCGCUCCGUUCAGAUGGCAAUGUGAGUUUUCGAACCCAUAAACGUGUGUUUUGUGUGUUGGUUGGUUUUGUGCGCUAUUUUUAGAAUGUACUAACUUCAAAAACACUCUUUUGCUUGCUGUGUGUAUAUGUUCUCUUCUGCUGUGGCUGGUGCUGCUAGGCUAAUAUACAAUUAUGACCAUCAUGCAUUAGAGACACCCCAUAUGAAUUGGGAGAGCAGAGCUGUGCGUUGUAUCUUGGCUCGAGCUCGAAGCAAUUUUUAUUUGAUUAUCUCAGCGACUAUGUUAUCAACAACUGGAACACAGCAGAGGAGUCCUAUUAACGUAAAGCCCUGCUGUUGUUGCUGCUUCGAAUGCUUCAGAGGGCGAUAGCAAUAUUCAUCACUCAACAAUACGGCCCGCUGCUGGAAGACGAAGAACAAAUGCUGGAAUGAAUUGUCAUUGACACGCCAACGCAGUACCCCACCGACAAUCCUGAAAUAUGGAUGCGCCAUCCAUGGUCCAACGUGAUGGCGACAAAUUGAUCGUGCGGCGCGUGGUCAGUGGCGACGAAGUUUUCCUCAGUCAAAUCGAUUCCCCAUCGUCGGCGUCGUCCAGCAACAAGGAGCACCACCAAUCGUCCGCUUCGAACCAAUCCCUGGCGGAUAGUUUGAAGAUUUACCCCGGCGAGGAAGAUCUCAGCAAGUUUGGACUGAUAUUGGAGGACAGUGCGCAGAAAAAUACGACCAGUGAAACCGGUGACAGUACCGAGCCGCAGUUGCCCCAGUGUAAGAUUAAGCGAAACUAUUCGUGCAGUAACUGCACUUACUUCACCCAGAACCCACGGAAGUACUUGACUCAUUUGCGGGAUGUGCACGGCGAGAAGAUCAUUAUCAACGAGUGCAAGCGAUGUCUGUAUGCGUCGCGCCACUACCAGAAGCUGGUGCGCCAUAUGAAGAUGGUGCAUGGCUCGACGGACGGAAUCAAGACUCCGUUCAGUUCGCGUAGACGUGGAACGUUUCGUAAAGAAUAUUUUAAGAAGAAUAAGUUCAAAAUGAAUACCAACAUAACGGACAGUGAUUUUUACAAUCAAAAUAGGGCUAACUAUUUCGAGCAACUUAGUAAAAUGCUACGCGGUGCGGCAGGCAGUGGAGCGGGUGGCGAAAGUGCGGCGGAAAAUCAAAUUUAUUUGUCCAACUACAAGCACGGCCUAACACUGGCCGACCCGUCUCAACAGUUAUCGCAGCUGAAGGGCUCAUCAAACAUAAAUAUCUUCGCUGAUAACGGCGGAACCUCGUCGCUCGGCUGCGCUAGUACUAGUGGUGAUUCAAGCAGCCAGGUAAACAACGACGUACUCGCCAUGCUGCAGCACAACUUGGUGGAUAAGAAUAAGCAACUCACGAUCACCCCCACCUCCAUGGCUAGCGGAAGUGGCGGCAGCGGAGCGGAAAUGGUUACGAAACAGAAGAAGAAGGUCCGUCCAAUACCCGAUCUGAUCCCGCUGCACAGUAUUGGACAACUGCAUUUGCGUGGAGAAGUGGGUAAGACGUACCACCUGAACCCGGAGGUUACAAUCAAGAGCCGUGUCGCCGACAGUGAUAACAAUAAUUCCAUAGAUGCUGGCACGUCUGGGAAAUCGUUCAUCGUCGAUGACGAAAGUCCAAUCAAUCUUACGGCAGAUCAGAACGGCGAUAAGAGUUUACAGCAUCAGUGUAUUUUCUGCCAGAUUAUGGUGAGAACGACGGAUGAUUUGGCGCUACACUUGCGUACGUUUCACAGCGAGGAGUUGUUUGCUCUACUGCUGCAAAAGAAACCCGAAGAUAGCGGACAAACCGAACUGCAGUCAUACACUGCAGAGAGCUUAACGAUAGAUAUCUGGAAGAGGCUACUGGAAAAUAAUAAAGCGAUACUGGAAGAGCAAGAGUCUCGGGAAAACGAUAGCGAAAUGCAAUCUGGACAAUAUUCUAACGAUGAAGAUGAUGCUGAAACAGUUGAAUCAGCAAUUAGUAAAAACGAAACUUACCUUGGGGUAGAGACGGCGCCUGGGUAUGGUGAGGUGACGAGUAAAUACAACUUAGAUGACGGCACUACGCAAUCGUCUAUAAUGAAGAAAGUAUUCAAAUGUCCCCAUUGUUCGUUUUGGGCAUCGACGGCCUCUCGCUUCCACGUGCAUAUCGUUGGUCAUCUGAACAAAAAACCCUUCGAGUGUUCGCUUUGCUCUUAUCGAUCCAACUGGCGCUGGGACAUUACCAAGCACAUUCGUUUGAAGACCAUCCGAGAUCCUAGUCAUAAAAACGCCGGAGUCUUGAUGAACGAUGAAACCGGCCGAAGAAACUAUACGAAGUACAAUCGAUAUAUCACGCUGAUGAAGGUCACCGACAAUAACUACAAGGACAGUUCGUCAAGUUCGAAGUCCAUGAUCGAAACGAGUCAAGCGGACUAUCUGGCGAUGUGCAAAGCGGGUGACUCCCCGGCCAGCCUGAACAGCUUGGCCAAGAUGUACUCCAGUGAAGAGCUGGCUCAGGCCUUCAAUUUGGCUUCCAUGAACCAGAUGGCCCGAUUCGAGCCAGAGAUGCUGCAGACCCUGGUGGGUAUGCCGAAACCCUUGCCUACAGAAGAUGCUAAAUCAACGCCCCAGAAGGCGUUCAAGUGUAAUAAGUGCAAUUUUAAGAAUCCCUACCGCGAACUAGUGCUGCGACAUAUCCAGGCAACGCAUAUGACCGUAGAUAAAACGAGCAACGCCGAAGCCGAGCUGGACCUCCUGCCCUGUGAAGACCAGGAUGUUGAACCGAUUGAAACUGUGACUGCUGCAUCCAACAGUACGCUAAAUCCACAAUCUCCGCUUAGAACAUCAUUAUCACCACUUUCGGUUGUUAGUCCCAGAAGUGAUAGCGGUAACAUCGGUGGUUUGACCGGUGCCUCUACCAGUGCUAGUACCACUCCAAGUGUUACUUCCGGUUCGGCGGGUGGCUACAAUAGUAACAAUUAUACUACUAACGCUGCAUUAAUUGGUGUCGGAUUAAACUUUACCCAGUCUGUAGCUAAUGACAAUCGGUUGGGCAAUACCUAUACUCUCAGUAAUACUAUACCUAGUGUCGUGUUUGGUGGUGAGGUGAAUAGGACGAUAAACACUGCUAGUACCACUACCCAAUCUACUACUAUAAGCGCUAGUUCUGCAUCGGCUAGUACUACCAAUACCACUACUACUACUCCUCCCUCUACUAGUACUACCACUACCACAGCGUGUGGCAGGGGGGCGGCGGCCAACUCGUGGCGCCCGAGUGCCCCGUAUCGGUGCGGUCAUUGUCAUCAGGUGUCGAAUUGGAAGCAUGUCAUCCAGAGGCACUGCCGUUUAAAGCAUAAUGGCAACGUGCUCAUCGAGAUGGUCAACAGCACAAAACAGUCGCAAAACGUAACUGAUACACGCAAUUUGAAGAAAGUGAGAAAGCCAUUUCAAUCAUUCGACUCAGUUUCACAGGAUAUCCCCGUUCAGCCGGUCACGCUGCACCCGAUAGAGCUCGUUCCCGAGGUGAGCCUCAUCGUCCAGGAUGUGCCGCUCCUGCAGCCUCCACCGCUGGCCAUCAUCCCUUUCGCAAACGCACACAUCAAUAGCACCGUCCUGCCCAGUGUCACGAUAGCUCCCAUACGGAUGCAAACCCCACCAAUGACCAUGACGUACAUCAACCUGACCGACGACUCAUCCCUGGAACCGCCCUCGACAUUUCCAACCCCAAUGCAAACCGACAGUGCCCCGACCAGUGAUGCCAACACGGAAGAACCAUCCGAAGAACCGGCAACGCACCGAUUGAAACGAUAUCAAUGCGAUGCGUGCCCCUACGAAACCGACAGCAAGACCCAGUUUGCCUACCAUAAGUCUUUCCACAAACCACGUGGCGAUCCAUACAAGUGUAAUAUUUGUUCAUAUAACGUCACCAAGAAGCACCUUUUAAUACAGCAUCAGAAGACACACGCAGAACGGGGCGUUCCCGUGACUAGCUCCGGCAGCCACCCAGUGCCAAAACCCAGAACGAAAGUAACAGUCCCAACUGUAGGCGUCGGUGAACUCUCGAUAGUGAUGGGUAAUGAGACGAAAUCAACUGGGUUGACUCCGGCGGAUAUUCUUGAUCUGACGAAAAAAAUGAGAGAUGAAGUGAGCAUAACACCUGCCGGUGGACCGAUAACGGAAACGAUUCACAUAGAUGAGAAGAUCGUCUACUACUGUGCUUACUGCCCGGCUCGGUACUUGGAUGAAAGUGAGAUAGUUAUUCAUCAGAACCGACACAUUCAAGAGGAGAAGUACAAAUGCGAUCUUUGUUCGUUCUCAACGUGCGACGAGUCCGGUGUCACAACUCACAGAAAUGUCCACUCGUCGAAUUAUCGUCGAGGAACGAAAGAGCUUCGGAAGUUGAACAUCGAAAGCCAUAAACACCCUCGAAUUAGAUUAAUUCAGGUUGGGAACACCGAGAAGCUGUGGGUAGUUCAGACAGACUACGAAAGGUUUCACAAAGUGCAAGCUGCGUCGCCAGUGCCGGAACCCAAGCCCAAUCCGCGUAGAUCAACCAGGUCGAAGAACAAUAGUCCGUCCAUUACCACCGCCGUUACCGAGAUCACCAAAGAGCCAAAGUUGUACAGCUGUGAGCACUGUGACUACACCGACAGUUCGGAGUGUUCCUUCAAAGAUCACGUAAAGUUCCACUUCUCGGCUAUCUUGUUUCCGAAGGUGAACAAGUACGCCGCCCUGGGCAAGUCGGGAGAACCGUUCAAACUGAUCGCAACCGCCAAGGACGAUCCGAAUGAGUCGUUCGAGCUGAACUACGAUUCGGAAGGCACCAUGGAGACCAACAUCAGCGAGUGCAACAGUACCGAUAGGAUUAUUAUUGAAAUCUAGGGUAAUAGAUGUGUUAUAGAUGUAGUUCUAUGGCGAGGGCAUCAUAUCUGGAGGACUGGGAAUUUAUUAGCUGCAAACAGAUACAUACUUGUACAUAUGUAAUAUGAUGACGUGUCGAAUAGGUUCUUAUACCAAUGCAUAUAAUCAGUUUUAAGCAUAGAAACAUGUUUUCAGAGUUAUUUUAAUGGAGUGUCUUUACUUGUCAUAAGAAGAGUUAAGGCAAGUGAAUAUUACAGACCAGCCUCCCGGACACAACUAGAUUCACUCGCGUUUUCAAGGGCACACCACUCAACAGGAAAGCAACGCACAAAUCUCAUUAUUAUUAUUUAGGUUACUCCUGACGGAAUCCAAGUUUGAAAGUGCUCGCGUUUUCGGGGGCACACCACUCGAUACGGAAGCAACGCACAACUGUCAUUUUCAUUAUUUCACGCAUGCUGCGACGCAGCAAAGCUAAAUCAACAAAAAUGACAGUUGUGCGCCGCCUCUGAAUCGAGUGGUGUGCCCCCGAAAACGCGAGCACUUUGGAACUUGGAUUCCGUCAGGAGUGACCUUAACGUAACGCAACAAAGCUGGAAUAGAAUAAAAGGAUGAUAGUUAUGCGUUGCUUCUGUAUUGAGUGGUGUGCCCUUGAAGACGUGAGUAGAUUUAAAUUUAGAUUACAGGAGGCAUGUCCUUACGGGUCCUUUUUUCAAUGCCUACUUUUGUCGUAAAUAUGAAUAUGCAAUCAUUGGCAAACCGGUAAAGCAAGUGCCAACCUGGGACGUUCCGAUGUAUCAAAAUAUCGAUAAUCGAUUAAAUAUCAACAUCAGAAGUUUUUUUUUUUUUGUAGAAAUUCGGAAAAAGAUUUCAUGGAGAUUUAAAAAUGUUAUCGUGUUAGCCUCAUGAUAUACAAAAAUACAAUACAAUACAAAAAUGGUAACUUGGCUUAGAAAUUUCGCAAUUAACAACUGUGGAAACGCCUUAUAAAACUGAGAUGCAUCAACAUCCCAUUCUCCAUUACGCACAUGGUCAGCCCAUGCAGCGUGCUGUAAUUUUCUUAUGCAAUCCGGAUAAGAAACAAACACCACCUAGCUGGAUGGCGGUUCGACAUUCUGCGAGAAGUCUUGCCUUCUUAGUUCUUCCAAACUUGCAAGAGCUCGUGACUCAUAUUUUGCUUCCAUUAGUUCCAUUAGUGCCAUGCGUCAUUAUUCUGUACACUGAAGAUGGCCAGUGAGCAUGUAGACUUCGAUAUCAUGAUCAUAUUCAUAGGCAAUACACGUAUCUGAAGAGAAAAUACUUUCUUCAUUCUUUUCACGUUGUCUCCAAAUAUAAUUCAUCGUGCAGUUUGCGUUCCUUUCUUCCUAUCAUAGUUCCCAGUCAUCUUUAUACGAUGCUCUCUAGUGAAUGGAUGAUAAUACGAUUAUAAUCUCCUACAAAGCACACGCUAGUAUGAAUGUAAAACGACUAGUGCACUUUUGUAAGCCACACCUGAUACCUAGCGCGUAAGAUAAUUUCUUGUAUAAAAUAACAAGAAGUGAAGGUUCUUCGUAGUUUGCCAUUCAACCAAAAUUGGAACAAUGAGAAAAUCUCAACCAAGUACAAAUUGAGUUAUUUUAUUUUUAGUAACGAAAUUUUUAGCCAAUGAAAAAUUACAACAAAAAAUGCAAGCUUCUGUUAGUUAAAAUCUAGGAACACGAUAUUUGUCUGUUUCCGAUAGCGCAUAUUUAUUUUAGAGUGACGGUCAUUUUUCGAAAUGUGCAACUACUGUUUUUCGUAAAUUAUAAAAAUCUAAAUUAGGCAAGCAAACAUUUUUGAGAACGCAUUUUCCCUAAAACUAAUGUUUGUGCAAUCAAAUUGAAGGAAAUUUAAAUUUGAUUAAAUUUAUAGUGAGUUCAUACCCCACCAUCCGUCUCAUGAUCGUCAUCCUAAUUUUUAUAAAAUAGCAUGGUUUCAACGACUGUGCUCAAACCAAUCACUUAUUUAAAUGUCAAUCACACACACACAACCACACAUAUGGGCUUUAAGGGAUAAUUUCGUUACGAUUAGAACAGCUUUGGAUCAGAUUCUAGUUUUCAUCUUCUUACAUUUAACACUACACACAUUUUACAACCCAAUCCAACAAAUGAAACGCUUUCACAAUCGCAUUUGAUGCGUAGUUUGCAUGCAAAAACUAGUAUUAUACCUAAAUAUGAUUUAUUGUCGUACUCAUCAUCAUUAGAAAUACAUAGAAGAAAUAUAUAAAAAAAAAAUAAAACCAUAAAAAGAAAAUCACGAUGAAUUCCAUUUUAUCAGUAACUAUUAGGACCACAAUCGGAGCCAAAGUGUAAUCAAUCAAAAUUAUUUAAUUACAUUUUAAGAUCUAAUAUUAAAGAUAAAAAGGGAGAAUAUGGUUUAAACAUGUAAGCACCGGUACGUACUGUUGUAAAGUGAGUACUUUCGUUUGAUUGUAGUAAGGAUAUUAGUGAAACAGUAAUCGAAACAGGGAGCAAAUAGGUAUGCUUCAUAUGAUUAGACCGAGUAGUUCUCAUUUGUAACUGCUUACAUAUUUGUAAAUAUUCGACCUUAGCUGGUAGAGUUUGUUGUUGAAUUUGAUUUAUAAGAUCCUGGCGUUGAAUAAAAUAAAUGGUUAUUUAUGUGA